GGAAGAAGAAAGAAGAACGUAAAAAUCUGAGGCAUGUGUUAACGUCUUUUACUGACAUUGAUUAUUCGUCAUUAAGACUAUCUCAAUUAGUGGAAACUAUUUCUAAAAAACCGAUUCCACCUCACGUCAAAGCACUCACUUUAGAAAUGUGUGUAAAUGAUCGUAAUGACGAAGAAGUUGAGGUUCCGUACGUACGUCUUGUUAUUCGAAAAUGA